AUGAUAAAGUUCGUAAAUAUUUAUAUUUUUUUAUUAGUUUUUUAUAUAAUAUUAAAUAAAAGGGCUCACAUAAAAUGCAAAGAAGAAAAGAUUGUAAAUAAAUUGAACAAUAGAUUUAUAAUUAAGAAUGGAAAUCGAAGUUAUAGACAAAAAUAUAGGCAAAAAUAUAGGCAAAAACAUAGACAAAAAUAUAGACAAAAUUAUAGGCAAAAUUAUAGACAAAAUGAAGGGAGAUUAUAUUUUGAAAACGACAAAAAUUGUAAAAGGAAAAAAAAAAUAUUUUUUAUUGAAAUGCAAGUGAAUAAAAUUAAAAGAGAUAAGUGGUUAUAUAAUAAAAAUAAAGAUUUAUUUUUUGGGAAUAAAAUAUCAAGUAAUAAAUUAAAAACAUGUAAAUUUAUUUAUAGUAAUAAAAUGUGGAGAAUAUAUUCAAAUGUAUUUGAUAUAAAUAAACAAGUUAAUAAAUUAUUUAAGGGAAUAGAUAAACGUUAUAUUAUUGGUUCAAAAUUUUUAUUAAAAAUUCGAAGAUGUAUAUUAGAUGAUAAUAUGUUAAAUUUUAUAUGGAUAUGCAAAAAUUAUUUAUUAGAAAAAAAAAUAUUUUUUUUAACAAUAAUUACAAUGUUAAGUAGUGGAAUAAUAAGUAUAAUUGUUCCAAUAUAUGAUAAUAUAUUAUUUAAUAAUUUAACGAAUAAAAUAUUUGAUAAUUUUAUUUUAAAUUUAUUUAAUUGUGUAAUUAUAAGAAUUAUAAGUUUAGGGUUGUGUCUUUUAAGGAAUUGGAUUUUUAUUAGGGUUAAUUAUUUUUCAUUAAAAAAAGUAAAAAAUAUAUUAUUUAAAAUAUAUAUAAAUAAAAAUUAUGAUUAUUUUGAUAAAGUUGAUCAUAAUAGUGUUAUAAAUAGAUUAACAUUAGAAGCAUAUGAAUUUUCAAAUAUUAUAGCUUAUUAUAUAAACCCAUUUAUACGAAAUUUAUUUUCUAUAAUUUUAAAUUUUUCUUAUUUAUUUUAUUUAAAUAAAAAUUUAACAAAAAAAAUAUUUAUAUUUUUUUGUAUUUCCUCUGUUUUAACAAUUAUAUCUUAUAAACUUAAGAGGAAAGGUUUGGCACAUAUAAAUAAAGAAAAAAAUAAAAAUAGUAGCAUAUCAUUAGAAUCUAUUAAUAAUAUUAGUGUAAUAAAAUUAUUUUCUACAGAAUCUCAUGAACAUAAUAAAUAUUCAAUAUCUUUAAAUAACAUUUUAAAUCUUCAAAAAAAAAAAGAACAAUUUAAUUUAUUACAUAUGUUAGUUACUAAAUUGUUUGUAACUAUAACAUAUCUUUUUAUUUUGUUAAAAGGAAGUAGCCUAAUUUCACAAAAUAAAUUAGACAGGAAAAUAUUUACUUCUUUAUUUUUUUAUAUUAAUAAUAUAUAUUCAUGUAUAGAUAUAUUAGAUUAUUAUAUCGAAAUAUCUGAUAUUAUUGAUCAAAAUUGUGGAAUAAUCAAAAUGUUGAAGGGGCACAUUCAAGGGGGGGGUAAAAAUGGUGAAAAUGGUGAAAAUAGCACGUCUACACACAACGAUAAAAAUGGUGAUGUUAUGCGUAGCGAUAAAAAUAGUGAUAUUAUGCAUAGCGAUAAAAAUAACAUGUCUAUACAUAGUGGUGCCAUGCGUAGCGAUGUUAUACUCGAAUUUAAAGGUGUGUACUUUAAAUACCCAACUAAUAUACACAACAAUAAUUAUGUACUAAAAAAUAUAAAUGUAAAAAUAAAUAAAGGAACUAACAAUGUUAUUUUGGGAAAAAGUGGAGAAGGAAAAUCGACGCUUUUAAAAUUAAUCUUAAAUUUAUAUAAAUCAUCAAAAGGAAAAAUAUAUUUGUAUAAUAAGUUAUUAAAUAAUUAUACUAGUCGUGAAAUAUUUAAUAAAAUAACUUAUGUUGAACAAAAUUCGAAAAUUUUAAAAAAAACAAUUAGAGAAAAUAUUGCAUAUGGAAUAAAAGAUAAUACCAACUUGGAUAUGCUUGAUUUAGUAAAUAUAUCAAAAUGUUGUACUAGUCAUGAAUUUAUAAGUAGAUUAAGAAAAAGAUACGAAACUGUUGUAUCAAAUACGUCGGAAUUAAUAACUGCGUCUCAAAAGCAGAAGAUAUGCAUAGCCCGAGCUUUGAUCCACUUUCCCAAGAUUUUAUUGCUGGACGAGUCCACGUCAGCUAUGGAGAGUAAAAAGGAAAGAACAAUUUUUGAGAAUAUUCGAAAAAACGAAUUAUUUAAAAAUUUAACGAUAAUCCGCAUUACCCACAAACGAGCCAAUUUAGAUUUGGCCAAUAAUGUGUUUGUUUUAAAAGAUGGAUAUUUGAAAAAACAAAAGCAUGUUUAA